UUUCAAGUGCUACUUCGUCAAUGCUCAAAUCCCUUUAUAAUUCCAUCACCUAACUACUCUUUCUCAAACUCAUCUCAUUGCUAUUCUCUCUCUCACUCUCUCUCUCUCUCUCUCUCUCUCUCUCUCUCACACACACACACACACACACAAAAGAUCUCUUUCUUCUUUAGAAAAAGAACCUAUAAAAUAUUUGAAGAGAUUAAAUCCAAUUUCUUUAAAACCAAAAGUGAUCAAUAUGAAGAUGCUAGACCGCCCUUUUCAUGGGGCUAGUGGGUACAGUGGUUUAAAAGCUCAUAAAUUAACAUUCAAGACAGCCGUGAAGAAAGUCAUGAGACAUAUGUCAAAUAACCAAAUCAUGGUUCAUAUGGAGAACAUGUUCCGAAAAAUUGUUCGGGAGGAGCUUGAACGUCUUACUCAACAACACCACCUCUCUUCGUCGUGGUCCCAAAUCGAGCGACCGCGUUCGGAAACGCCAUCGUCACGUACACAAUUCAAGCUGCGGUUCAUAAACUCGCCGCCGCCGUCGAUAUUCACGGGAGCCAAGAUCGAACCCAAGAACGGUUUCCCGUUAGCUAUCGAGCUAGUGGAAGCAGCCACGAACGCUCGAGUCGUCUCGGGACCGCUCUCGUCUUCUCGAGUUGACUUCGUGCCGCUGAACGCUGACUUCACGGAGGAAAGCUGGACCGUCGACUUAUUCAAACGGUAUAUUCUAAAACCGCGCGAAGGGAAACGUCCGUUACUCACCGGAGAUGUAACGUUGACUCUUAAAAACGGUGUUGGAGUUGUCGCCAUCGCUUUCACGGAUAGCUCGAUCUGGUCUAGGUGUCGGAAGUUCCGGUUAGGUGCUAGACUAACCGGUGAUGGAGCCGUGGAGGCUAGAAGUGAAGCGUUUAAGUGUAAAGACCAACGUGGAGAAUCUUAUAAGAAACAUCAUCCUCCGUACCCCGGUGACGAGGUUUGGAGACUAGAGAAAAUCGGGAAAGAUGGUGCUUCAGCGUUGCGUUUGGCUGAACGGGAGAUUUAUACUGUCAAGGACUUCCGCCGUUGCUAUGCAAAGGAUCCAAACGAGUUAUAUAAUAUACUUGCUGGUGUUGGUGGAGGGAUCUCAAAGAAAAUAUGGGAAUCUAUUGUAUCCCACGCGAUGUGUUGCGUUUUGGAUGAAACAGAGUGUUACGUCUACGACGCAAACGGUCACGACGUAUCACUUGUCUUCAACUCUGUUUAUGAAGUGACCAAAGUGUUCAUCGGCGGUGUCCUUCGAAACGUGGAUCAGCUACCUAGCUAUCAGCUGGACCAGUUGAAGCAUGAAGCUUAUCAAAACAUUGACUGCUUUAGGGACGGUAGGACCUUUGCGGAUCAUCCACAAAGGUCCUUACAGUGCCCGCAGAAUCCAGGAUUUGGUCCUGGAUUCCAACAGCACAUGGACUUUCAAGGGCCAUCAGACUCUUCGAUGCAUGCUUACUUCACAGGUUCAUGCUCCACUUCCCAACCCGAAAUGCUGAUGAGUUUGGAGAACUCACCAGCCUCAACGUUUCAUAUCGACCCAACAUUCAUACCGACUUUCAGAAACAGCUUUAGGGCAAGUGAACACGAUAUGAUACAUGACGAAUUACAAUGCGUAGUGUCAAGAGGUCAUAUCAGAAAUAACGAGGAUGAGGACGGUUUUUCUUAUCAUCACCAUCAUAACAUGCCUUCGAACUUGUCCCCUGGUGCGGCGGUUUGGGAGCAACAAGCGUAUAACAAUUUGUGUGUUAGCGUGUCUGGCACGGAAGAAGCUGGGUAUGAUGUUCGUAUUGCAAACAUUGGGGGAUCUCCGAGAGCCAGGUGGUGCAAGGUUAAGGCAGCUUUCAAGCUCCGACAAGUUUGGAGACACACAAGUGCCAGAAAGCGAGGGAAGGCUUGUAAGAAGCCUUGCUUGCUGUAUUAGACCCAGAGGUUUCUUGCUGCGCAAGAAAGAUGUGUAUAGGUUAGAUAAAUGGAUCCCGGCCAUUGACUGUUUCAAAUGGUUUAAUAAGUUACGGGGAUUAGUCUUUGUGAGUACCAUCCAUGUAUGAUAUUAAGAAAAAGGAAGGGCUGUACAUGACCAAAUCAGUUUAACAUUUUAAUGUUUUUGAGUA